CCAAGCGUUUGGGGGGGAGGAGGCCAUUAGCCCCGUGAGGGUGAGACAGCGCCAUCCAUAGUUAAUGCACCCACCAGCACGACUUCGCUACCACAUUCCUACCACACUGAGUCCACUUAAUCAAAUGGAAAAGCAAAUCAAACCCCGUCCGGCAGCGAACGAUUGCGGAUCGACAUUCCCCCCCCCCCCCCCCAAACAAAAACCAAAAAAAAGCCAACACGCCUUUCCUACAGAGCGUGCCCUUUGUACCAAUGUUUUCGAGCAUCCGAAGGCUUUUUAUUUAUUUGCCGUUGCACGUUGUCAUGCCGAUAGUCCAUUUUAUGAAUAAACAACCCCGUACAAACACACACACACACGCGCGCUCGCUCGCUCGCUCGGUCGCACUUGUUUGCUGCCCCGUGCUGUUGCCCACCACCACCGCUACUCUUCGCCCUUCGAGCUGGUGUGAGGCCACGGACAAACUGCGGUGGUUUCUUGUUUCGGGCCGUGCUCCGAUCGCACGCCCGUCAGUCGACCGUUGGUUCACACGUCAUCCGGUACCGCGCGGGAACUACAACAUGUGAUUGCCUGCGACGCGGAAUGUAACGUUCCGACACUGCGAAAGAAAACGGGUUUUGCGGUGGCCAGUGUGUUAAUAGGAGCGACGGAGCGGCGGACUUUGUUAAUCGGUUCCGCUUUUGGGGGGAGGGGGUGUGUGAAUCGAUAGUGGGAGGUUCGUUGGAGGUUCCAUUUGUGCACACGGGGGUAAGGUUUGAUCAUUCGCGUCCGGUGUGUCAAGCAACGCACUGUUACUGUUGUUUUGCUGGUGGAUGAUUCUUGCAACGGAGUGUGUAGAUAGGAAUCAACAGUUGCAGAAAUAGAAUAUUAAUAUUCCAGUGCACGCAGCACGUGUGUGUGUAUACGUGUGUGGCCAAUUCAUCUCCAACAGCGUGCGGGACACGCUUGACGUGAUCAUCGUGAACCGCAAACCCGUUGUAAACGAGCGAGUGAGCGAGCGAGCGAACGAUACCAAUCAAUCGUUGUUUGAUCGAAAACGGUCGGAUUGGCCACGGGGAGCAGCACCGUCGUCACGGUCGCGCCAACAACAACAGGUUGCAGCAAUAGACGCGCUAAAGUCCAACACUGUGUCCAGCGUGUGCGUGUACCUAUGAGGUACGCUCAAGAGUGCAAUGAAGUGCGGCAAAGGUGAACGUAAUUAGUGGGUUCAUCCUCCCUCAGUGUUCAGUGUGUGUGUGUGUGUGUUUGUGUGAGCAAGAGAGACAAAGCAGUUAAUUUUCAAGCACGCUAGGGAAGGAGGCGCACCGGAAGGCGUGGUGGGGAGGAGAUUGAUUCGAUGCUUCCAUGUAGUCAGCUGGUUGCGUGCCGCGAACCAUACAAUGGGCUGCAACACUAGCCAGGAGAUACCGAGCUACGGUGGUGGCGGUGGACAGAAGACGACCGACUCGGCGGCCGCCCUCGGCGAGCUGCUGGAGGGCGAUGUUGAAGAGGUCGAGGCGGCAGCCACAAAGAUCCAGGCAGCGUUCCGUGGCCACAAAGUGCGCAGAGAGAUGAAGCAAGGGGACGGCGUUACCGGUGCGGAGGGUCAGCAGAAGCAGGACGCCCAGCAGACGGAGCGGGAACCGACCAAGGAGGAGCUGGAGGCCGAGUUCGAUCCGAACGACCAAGAGCUGACUCACGCCGCGACCCGUAUACAGGCCAGCUUCCGUGGUCACAUGGCCAGAAAGACGGCCACGAAGGGCGAGGACGAGAAGAAGGAGGUGGACAUUGAUGAAAUUACCAAAAAGGUGGCCGAAGAGCUGGACAUCGACAUGGACGAUCCGGAGCUGCACAAAGCGGCCAGCAAAAUUCAGGCCUCCUUCCGCGGGCACAAGGUGCGCAAGGAUGUACCGAAGGAGGGCGAAAACUAAGCCGCUCUGUUGGUGGGUGCGUUGUUGUGUGCUUGGUGCGUAACCGUAGCAGCGCGCAGCGAGUGGCAUUGGUGGUGGUGGUGGUGGUCGUACUCCGGCGGCGGUGGCGACGACGACGACGAUAUCCUCCCAUUUAUCCCCAUGUGUUUUGGUAAACGAGUAAAUAUCGCAAAUUUGUGGAAAUUUAAUGAUAAACAGUAAUACUGAAUAAAGCAAAAGGCGCGCGCCCAAUACCAUUUUACGGACGGACGGAAGUUGCACUUGUUAUGAUUUUAUAAAUUUUAUCGAUUUCGAUCGAAUCGAAUAUAUUAAACACAAAAGAAAAGAAAAAAACAGUAACUUAGAAAUCAAUCCUACUGAAGAACAUACACAGAUGCAGAAUACAAAAAAAACAGUUACAAAAACAAAACCACACAACUAGAGUGGCUCCUCUAAAUGAACGUAAUGUGUGAAUUUCUAGUAAUUAUAUCACGCGACACAGGGCCAGAAAGGAGGUAGCCAUCAAUUGAAAAAUUGUGGCAAAAGGAAACGAACACAUUUAAAAAAAACACACAGAACAGAAAACGGAAUGGAAAUGGAAAAGCAAAAAUAAAAUAAGUCACAAAAAAACUUCAAAUACAGCAACACAGAGAGAGAGAGAAGAUAAUGAAAUGAAACAAUUAGCAUCACAAAACACAGCAACUCUUACUCUUUAAGCGUACUAAUGCAAAACAAAAACAAACACAAACACAUUAGAAAGAUGAUAUAAAUACUAAGAUACCCAAAUUUCACAGCGGUAAGCCAUUUCUAUUCAAUAAUAAAACAUCUAAACAAAACCCAAGGCAAAGGCAACAAAGCUCCCAAAUGGCAAAGGCCAGCAUAAGCAACUAAAUUAAUAGUUUAGCGCUCGAAAAUGGUUCGUAAAUUUCUCGAUCACUCUUUCCCGCCCCUCAGGGGGUUUGUGUUUUCCGGUUUUCGGUUACAUUGCCUAAAACGCUUCGGAAUGAGCGAGCGAGCCCCACGGAACCUGUGUGAACCCGUUUGAAGGACAGGAGGAUUGUACUUUUAGUCAGAUCAGGGCCGUUUUAAGAGAGAGAUAAUGAGGGCGCGAGGGCAGUGGGGAGGUUCCUUCCUAGGCGACUCUAUAGACCUUUUUUCCCAUUCGGCGUUUGAUAGUUGUAUCGGCAAUCGAAACCGAAGUAGAGCAUUUGCGGACAUAAAAUACAGACACGGGGCGCACAGGGGGGACUGCAUUUAGUCAUCAGUAUCGGUGAAGCCCUAGAAAACAGGGACAUAACACGUUACACACACACGCAAACAUGUAAACACCACCCUUGAAAUGUCCCUCCUCCGAUGAUACGCGCGCAUUAGCUUCGAGGACUUGCGGCGUACGCGAGACGCACCCCGGAAGUUGGAGAGACGAACGCGAACGGAGUUACACUUGUCACCGCCAUGAAUGUAAUACUGUCGUCAAUAGGCAAAAUAAAUGCAUAACUACAUUGAGCUUUAAAAUCCCACAA